GUCAGGCGUUGGGAGACCUACACUUAGACCGACCAAACCAGAGUGCGAGGUCAGCGCCCAAGGCAGCGCGGCUGGAGUGGUUCAGAGAUGCAGGCGGCGAGGAGAGCCCCGAGCGUGGGGCGGCAGCUGCUGAGGUUGGGAGUCGAAGGGUGUGUCUCGUGGCCCUGUGCUUUCCGCGGACAGCCCUGUCUCUGCCCUGCCCGACGACCCUAUGCCAGUGUGACCGGUCAGGCGGUUCUGGACAAGUCAGAUUCGCUGUCCUCUGAGGUUUCAACGAAGGAAAAACCGGCGAAGGCGGAAUCUAAGUCCUUUGCUGUGGGGAUGUUCAAGGGCCAGCUCACUACAGAUCAGGUGUUCCCUUACCCAUCAGUGCUCAACGAGGAGCAGACACAGUUUCUCAAAGAGCUGGUGGGGCCUGUGUCCCGUUUCUUUGAGGAGGUGAAUGAUCCUGCCAAGAAUGACAUGCUGGAGCGGGUGGAGGAGACCACUAUACAGGGCCUCAAGGAGCUGGGGGCCUUUGGUCUGCAAGUGCCUAGUGAACUGGGUGGCGUGGGCCUCUGCAAUACCCAGUACGCCCGCUUGGUGGAGAUCGUAGGCAUGCACGACCUUGGUGUGGGCAUCACCCUGGGGGCCCAUCAGAGCAUUGGUUUCAAAGGCAUCCUGCUCUUUGGCACAAAGGCCCAGAAAGAAAAAUACCUCCCCAAACUGGCAUCAGGGGAGACUAUAGCAGCUUUCUGUCUAACUGAGCCCUCGAGUGGGUCAGAUGCAGCCUCCAUCCGAACCUCAGCUGUACCCAGUCCCUGUGGAAAAUAUUAUACCCUCAACGGAAGCAAGAUUUGGAUCAGUAAUGGGGGCUUGGCAGAUGUCUUCACAGUCUUUGCCAAGACACCAGUUACAGAUGCAGCCACAGGGGCCGUGAAGGAGAAGAUCACAGCUUUUGUGGUGGAGAGGCAGUUUGGAGGUGUUACCCAUGGGCCCCCUGAGAAGAAAAUGGGCAUCAAGGCCUCCAACACAGCAGAGGUGUACUUUGAUGGAGUACGGGUGCCAGCAGAGAAUGUGCUGGGUGAGGUGGGGGGCGGCUUCAAGGUCGCCAUGCACAUUCUCAACAAUGGAAGGUUUGGCAUGGCUGCAGCUCUUGCAGGCACCAUGAAGGGCAUCAUUGCUAAGGCGGUGGAUCAUGCUGCUAAUCGUACCCAGUUUGGGGAGAAAAUUCACAACUUUGGGCUGAUCCAGGAGAAGCUGGCCCGGAUGGCUAUGCUGCAGUAUGUGACCGAGUCCAUGGCUUACAUGGUGAGUGCCAACAUGGAUCAGGGAUCCACGGACUUCCAGAUAGAGGCCGCCAUCAGCAAAAUCUUUGGCUCGGAGGCAGCCUGGAAGGUGACAGACGAGUGCAUCCAAAUCAUGGGGGGCAUGGGCUUCAUGAAGGAGCCUGGGGUAGAGCGCGUGCUCCGUGAUCUUCGCAUAUUCCGGAUCUUUGAGGGGACGAAUGAUAUUCUCCGGCUGUUUGUGGCUCUGCAGGGCUGUAUGGACAAAGGAAAGGAGCUCUCUGGGCUUGGCAAAGCUCUGAAGAAUCCUUUUGGGAAUGCCGGCCUCCUGCUAGGAGAGGCAGGCAAACAGCUGAGGCGGCGGGCAGGGCUGGGCAGUGGCCUGAGUCUCAGUGGCACCACCCAUCCGGAGUUGAGUCGGAGCGGUGAACUGGCAGUGCAGGCUCUGGAGCAGUUUGCCACUGUGGUGGAGGCCAAGCUGAUAAAACACAAGAAGGACAUUGUCAAUGAACAGCUUGUGCUUCAACGUCUGGCAGACAGUGCCAUUGACCUCUAUGCCAUGGUGGUGGUGCUUUCCAGGGCCUCAAAAUCCCUGAGUGAGGGCCACCCCACAGCCCAGUAUGAGAAAAUGCUCUGUGACAGCUGGUGUAUUGAGGCUGCAGCCCGGAUCCGGGAGAACAUGGCUGCUCUGCAGUCUGACCGCCAGCAACAGGAGCUCUUCCGUAAUUUCAGAAGCAUCUCCAAGGCCUUGGUGGAGCAGGGUGGCGUGGUCACCAACAACCCCCUCGGCUUCUGAAUACUCCCAGCCAAGGCCUGGCCAGUAAUGUGCCUUCUCUUAAGCCAAAGCCUAGGCCCCUUCCUUUCCUGUGGGCCCUGGUUCUCCCUUGAAGUGGCCUCACCCCAGUACUGUGCCUGCUCAGAGGAAGCAUUCACUACCUUACAAAUAAAGUCUCUAGCAAGCCA